AUGGCUUUGCUACAGAAUUCUACACUGCCUCCCGCACAGCCGGCCUAUGUGUUCAGAGGUCAUAAUGCACAGAUCCACAGCAUUUGCUUUGUGCGCCAUAACACUCGUCUGUUGACUGGUGACGCCGAAGGCUGGCUCAUCCUAUGGAAUCUGGCUUCUAAGCGACCUGUCGCUGUGUGGAGGGGACAUGCCGCUGCCAUCCUAGCUGUGUCCACUUGGACCGAUGACAAGCUGAUUACACAUGGGAGAGACAGUAAGUUGCGAGUCUGGCAGCUCCGUGAGUCGGAUGAGUCUACCUUCUCUGUUGUUCUGCCCAUAGAAGAUCCUGUCACUCUGCGCCAUGAGCCAUGGCUGUUACAUACAAUCUCGGUGAACACUCUCAACUUCUGUUCAUUCUCCUUUUGCGAAGCCUCUCCAUCAGAAGCCGCACAACUCUCUUCUGAAGCCAAGGAGACGACGCUUCUGGUCGCUGUCCCAGGAGAUCGUGAAGGCGAUAUUGAUAUUUAUUCCUUACCCUCUAAGACGAAACUGUCCACUGUCUGUGCGCCUAAGACUGUCAAGCUAGGCAUGGCCAUGUGCGUCAAGAUCUCGAUACAAGGACCCCAAAUUAUCCUGAUCGCAGGCUAUGAAAGUGGCCACUGCUGCUUCUGGCAAUUCGACAAGGACCGCAGUAAAUGGAUUUUGCUCUCCACCAGUAAAAGUCAUAGCCAGCCGGUCCUCUCCUUGGACAUCGCCCACUCACUCAAAAGAUACUAUACAUCGGCUGCAGAUGCCACUAUCGCUAGUCAUUCUCUUACAGAACCAACUACAUCCCAACCUCUGAAGACAAUCGAGACUAAACACUCCGGUCAACAGUCCCUACGAGUCCGAUCCGACGACAAAAUACUGGCUACCGCUGGUUGGGAUGGUAAUGUGCGAGUUUACUCUGUCAAAACAAUGCGCGAGCUCGCGGUUCUGAAAUGGCACAAACAAGGGUGCUAUGCUCUUGCCUUUGCAGACUUACUGCCGGAACAAGUCGAAGAUUCAGAAACAAACAGUACAGGCUCGAGCGAGGGCACGGAAGCACUUCAGACGGCCGUCCAAAGACGCAACACCAAAGCACAAACAACACACUGGAUAGCCGCUGGUUCAAAGGAUGGAAAAGUCUCGCUUUGGGAUAUCUAUUGA